AUGGCAGCAAAACCAAGUUCAAGAAAAAGUUCUGUUACACGUGACAAUAGUAAUCAUUCAAGUUUAGGUGGUCUUCUUCCAAUAAGUAGUCCAACACCACAUUCUCAAGAUACACAAAGUAAUAAACAAAAUGAUGACAUAGGUGUAUCCAAUCCUAAUAUAUAUGUUGUACAACCAUUUAAACAAAGAUCAAAACCAAAAGAUCUUGUUUAUUCGAAAAAAAAUGCACCUAAUCCUGGUGAAAAUUUAUUAAAUUCUACAAUAGAAUUAAUUAAUCAUUUUACUGUUUGUUAUGAAGCAGUAAAAGAACAAUUACAAAAUGAACAAAUAAAACAAACUGAUCAUCAAUCAACGAAUAAUAAAUCAAUGGUAGUUGGAACAAGAAAUAAAAAUAAUAAAACAAAUAAUCAACAACGACCAGCAAAACAAGCAAGACUUCGACCAUUAAUUCUUCAUGAAGAUCAAUAUGAUCAGAGAAAUAAUCAACAAUUAUUUAUUGGAGAUUCUAGUGGAAUACUAUCAGAAUCUGAAACAAAUGAUAUUGAUCUUUCUGAAAUUUACAAUGAAAAACUUCGUUUAUUACGAAAAUUAAAACCUGAAUUUUUUGAUUAUGAAGGAAAUCUUAUAUCUCGAAAAGGUUCAACAUCACAAUCAUUAAUUGAAUCAUCUCUAAAAAAAUCAACAAUGUCAUCAUUUAGAAUUUCACAAAAUCCUCGUUUAACAAAAGAAAAUGAUCAAGAAACAUUUUUAACUGAACUAUUGAAACGAGGAGAAAACGAAGAAAAAUGUUUAUCUUUAGUUUCAACUGAACAAACAAGUUCAAUUAAUGAAAUGAUGAAAGAUAAUUAUAUUCUGAAAGUUAUUGAUAUUAAAACAAAAAAGUCAAGACCAAAUUCAAAAUGUGAUUCAAUGAAAUCAUUAUCAUUAUCUGAUAAAGAAAAUCUUUUUUUAAAAAAAGAAAAUACAAACAAUUAA